AUGUUCAGAGACCAACAUCAUGACAACGGUAAUCGAUACGAUACUCAUAUAAACAUGUACCCACCUGCGCCCGCCCCUAUGACAGAACCUCUGCGGUCUUCCUCCCCUGUUCGUGUAGCUGCAAGGUCACAGGAGGUUAGUGCACCAUACCCGAUUGAAGAUGCAAAUGACAUAAUCAAUCCUGUGCCCAUGUUCACGUCGUUAGCGCCGCCAGCCACACGUAUCCCUACUGAUAGUCGGACUUUUGGGGAUAGUGGUAAUGACAGUAUUGAAAAUGGCGAGAGGUAUGGUAUGCCGUUUCAAUUUCCAAUGAAUAGCAGCAGCUCACAGUCACUUGCAAACUCUCAAGACAGCCUACGAGCUACCUCUCAAUCAACAGACGAUAUCAAAGAUAGUCAUUUUAAUGAGGAUAUUCUACACAAGAGAGACUCUACCGAGCGAAUAGCCCCACCCCCACCUUACGAAGAAUCACAAAUAAAGAUUUUGCAGGAGAAAGCGUAUAGAACUAAUGAUAGAGAAGCGAGCAUACCAGCUUUCAAGGGAAGUAAGGAAGAAAAAGUAAAUGCAAAAACACGAGACCUGUCGCAAUAUUCUGACAGUGCCUUGGCAUUCAGGAAAGUGUACAUCGAGACAGUUGCGGAUUCAAGCACCUUCACACCGCAGAUACAAAUCAAAUGGUGCGAAACGCUUCUUGAAUAUGCAUUCAAUGACGAAUUUUUAACUUAUUAUAACAUCAAUGCUGAUAAACUGAAAAGGGAGUUGAAAAGUGAAGAAAAAUUAAAAAAUCAAAAAGUAAUAUUAGAGCAUUCAUUCAAGGUUUUAACGAAACUUAUAUCCAUGAAAUGUGGAGCCGCAAUGUACUUAAUGGGCACGCUGUACUCACAUCAGCCAUAUUUGAAGAUAAAAAAUAGAAACAUUGUAGUGAAAAACGAUAAGAAAGCUUUAGAGUACUACUGCAGGGCAUCAAGAUUAGAUCAUUCGGAUGCCUGCUAUCGUGCUGGCGUUUGCUAUGAAUUUCAGAAGGGUGUUUCGGCAGAGGAAAUGACAAAACCUCAGUCACUGCAAAAGGCAUUAUACUAUUACGACAGAGGCGCCCAAAUUUGUAACAAUUCUUCCUGCAUGUAUAAACUUGGCAUGCUUUCACUGUAUGGUGAAGAUGAAACCAACUUGAAUCCGCUCAAAGCAGUGGAAUGGUUCAAAAAGGCUGGUAAAUCAGGCAAUUCACCUCAAUCAAUAUAUGAACUUGGGAAAAUAUAUGAAUUCACCGGUCUACCAAAGCAUACCCAAAAGUUGUUACAACAGAGCAAUAUCAAGAUGUCUUCAUCUAAAUCCCUCAAGUACUACUAUGACUGUGCAAUGAAUUUCAGUUACCCCAUUGCGCAAUGGAAACUCGGUCACUGUUACGAAUUUGGCGAAUUGCAACUGCCAGUCUUCGCCAAAAAAUCGAUAGCAUGGUACGCCAAAGCAUCAUUAGCUGAGCCCAAAGGGAAUGCAAUGGCAAUGCUAUCUCUCAGCGGAUGGUACCUCACCGGCGCAUCCGGAGUUUUACAACCAAACGACGAGGAAGCAUUUAAAUGGGCCCAAAAAAGCUGCCAGGCUUCAGAUGGAAAAUUCGGCCGUGCUGAAUAUGCACUGGGAUACUACUAUGAAAAUGGCAUUGGUUGUCAAAAAGAUUUAUCGGAAGCCAUGAAGCACUACAACCACGCAGCGAAACUCGGCCAUUUAAAAGCCAUUGAGAGACUUCGCACCCGCUGA